GUUUUGAUUGACGAGGCGACGCUAAGCCUCGAACUGACGGUGGCCAGCGCUUGCUACGGAAUGGCGCACGAGAGAGAACUUUGCAGGUACGUGGCAUUGCAGCUGUUCGAGUCGCCAGCAUCGCAGAUUCAGAACUACAACAACUCGGCGAAGAACCAGUAUCUCAGGGACAACCCUCGCGUCAACACGGACAUCGACAUCCAGGACGUGAUGUGGCCUUGGUACUCACAGGGGCGGCUGAAGGCCUCUCCGGCGGCCGUGACAGAGGUGCAGCGACUCUUGGACCAUGACGGGGCGGACGAUGGACCCCCUGUGGCGCUGGCAUAUGUGCUUCGUUACACGCUGCAGCGAGCGGUGUUGGGGAGCACGGAGUAUGUGAAGAGCAUCUGCUCUUGUGCGCCCGCGGAAACGUGUGGGCAAGGAGACGAUAGCAUGUGGCCCUCCCGCAUCGUUCACCUCUGUCGGCCCACGGCUGCAACGUCGGACGUGUCCCAG